AAGUUAUGAUAAGCAGCUUGACCUAGAGACCUUCCAAGGCUAGUUAUCGGUGGGUUGUACGAAGCUUCUGUAAUUACAGUUACUGCAAAAUGUAUGGAAAUGAAGGGAUGGAAAGGCUUAUACCUCUUGUUAAUAAGCUUCAGGAUGCUUUUGCAUCUCUUAACCUUCCCCUUAACCUUGACUUACCUCAGAUUGCGGUUGUGGGAAGCCAAAGUGCUGGUAAAAGCUCAGUUCUGGAAAACUUCGUGGGGCGUGAUUUUCUACCAAGGGGCAGUGGUAUAGUCACAAGGAGACCGCUUAUUCUACAGCUGGUUCAUGAUAAAUCAGUUGAAUAUGGCGAAUUUAUUCACUGUAAAAAUAAAAAGUUCACGGAUUUUGAUGACAUCCGACGGGAAAUCGAACAGGAAACUGACAGAAUCACCGGCUCUAAUAAAGGUAUCUCAAACAUUCCAAUCAACCUCAGGAUUCAUUCCCCCAGCGUCCUCAAUCUUACCCUUAUUGACCUCCCUGGAAUGACCAAGGUUCCUGUUGGCGAUCAGCCACCGGAUAUCGAAACUCAAAUCCGCAACAUGAUCAUCGAAUUUAUCGAGAGAGAUUCCUGUCUCAUUUUAGCUGUUAGCCCUGCUAAUUCAGACCUCGCUAAUUCCGAUGCCUUAAAACUUGCCAAGGAAUAUGACCCACAGGGUCUGCGUACUAUUGGGGUAAUAACAAAGUUAGAUUUGAUGGAUGAAGGAACAGAUGCACAGGAAAUUCUCGAAAAUAGAUUGCUCCCAUUGCGAAGAGGUUAUAUAGGCGUAGUCAACAGAAGCCAGCGAGACAUAGAUGGGCGCAAAAAUAUCACUGCUGCCUUGGAAGCCGAACGUAGAUUUUUCCUUUCACAUCCCAGUUAUCGUCAUAUGGCUGAUCGUAUGGGAACUCCUUAUCUCCAACGUAUACUUAAUCAACAACUAACGAAUCAUAUCCGCGAUACUCUGCCACAUCUACGUAGUCGGUUACAAGCCCAAUUAAUUAGUUUGGAGAAAGAAGUUUCUGACUUUCGUAAUUAUCGUCCAGACGACCCAGCUUAUAAAACAAAAGCAUUGCUACAGAUGGUUCAGUCGUUUGAAGCGGAAUUUUCCCAAAAUAUUAGUGGACAUGUAGCUGACGUUAAUACACAAAUACUGUCUGGAGGCGCUGAGAUUAAUCGCGUGUUUCAUGAACGUUUUAGAUAUGAUUUACUCAAGAUUGAAUUUGAUGAAAAAACUCUACGUAAAGAAAUCGCUGUUGCUAUUCAAAAUAUUCAUGGUGUCAGGCCUGGAUUGUUUACACCUGAUAUGGCAUUUGAUGCUACAGUACGAAAACAGAUUGAUAAACUUCGAAUUCCAUCAUUGAAAUGCGUUGACAUGGUUGUAUCUAAAUUGACCGAUGUUUUGCAACAAUGUAGUGAUAAGGUAGGACGAUUUCCACGGCUUCGUGAAGAAAUUGAACGUGUUGUCAAUAUGCGGGUUCGUGAAUUAGAAAUAGCUACUAAAGAACAAAUUCAAACAUUAAUUGAUUUUCAAUUAGCUUAUAUGAAUACAAACCAUGAAGAUUUUAUCGGUUUUCAAAAUGCUGAACAACGAGCAAAUGAUAGUUCUAAAAGUAAACUUGGCAAUCAAGUAAUCUGUAAAGGGUGGCUUAAUUUGAUCAAUCCAAGUCUAUUACGUGGUGGUAGUCGUUAUUGUUGGUUCGUAUUAACUACAGAUACAUUGACUUGGUACAAAGAUGAUGAAGAACGUGAGAGACGAUUUGUUCUUCCUUUAGAUGGAUUAAAACAACGUAGCGGUGAUACAGGAUUCUUUUCAAAACGACCAACCUUUGUUCUUUAUCAUCCGGAUCCUAAAGUUAAUCUGUACAAAGAUCACAAAACUUUAGAUUUAUCUGCAGAUACAGAAGAAGCGGUUGAAGCUUGGAAAGCUGCUUUAGUUCGUGCUGGAGUGUUUCAUGAUCCAUCUGGAAAACCAGACGAACAGACUGAUGAUGGUGAUACAAAUAAAAUACCAACUGAUCCUAAACUUGAAAGACAAGUAGAAAUUAUACGUAAUUUAGUCGACUCCUACAUGAAAAUCGUUACUAAAACACAACGUGACAUGGUCCCGAAAAUAAUUAUGCAUCAAUUAAUUAAUGAGAUCAAGAUUUUUCUAAAAGGCGAUCUCUUGCCCAAAUUGUAUUCACAAGACCCUAACAAUCUUAUGGAAGAGUCAUCAGCUGAGAAAAAGCAUCGUGAAGAAAUUAUACGUAUGUAUGAUUCAAUACGUGAAGCAUUAUCAGUUAUAUCAGAUGUCAUAGCUAAUACGCAUAGUGUCCCAUUGCCCCCACCUGUCAGUGAUGACUGGAUUGAGACGGAGUUAUCUACUGGAUCAAAUAAUAUUCGUCGACCUCUUCCUUCUGGUAAUUCAUCUCAUUCCGGUCAUUACAGUAGUAGUACAACACAAAGACCUUUAAGUCCUAAUAAUAUCACAUCAAAUCCUAAUCGUCCCAUACCUUCAAGACCGGCACCAAAUUUACCUAUACGUCAUACAUUGAAUCCCCCAACAAUUGUAACUACAGCCCCUGGUCAGCUUCCAGCUCCACUUCUUCCUCAACGAAUGCCACAAUUCAAUAAUGGUCUUUCUCAAAGUGCGAGUACUGGUAACCUCCCAGGUACUAUAUCUUCCGGUGGUGUUGGUGGAAAUACAUUUAUGACUACUAACCCAUCGAAUGGUUCAACACCAAAUACCACUUAUUCUACUACUAAUGCACCGUGGGUUUCUUUUGAUCCUCUUUUUAAUCAAUCCCAAUCAAGUGCAAUAACUCCACCGAUUCCACCACCGAAAUUAACAUCGUUAUCUGGUAAUCUUGGUCAUCCAAGUAUACCAGAACGUCCAGGUAAUGUUGGUAUGCCGCGCAUUCCUCCUCGACCAACUUCAUGAAUCAGUGUGUUGUUUAUUUAUUUAUUCUAAUUUAUGCAUAUAGUUUACGGAUUUAUACAUACAAAUUCCAGGUUGAUUUCCUUUGAAGUAUUUUUUCCCUCAUUUUCAUAAACCAAUUUUUUAAAAUAGUAUUAUGUAUGCCUAAUUGUUUGGUGGCAUGUAUCAUGUUUUCACUGUUUAACAAGCAAAUGAAAAUUUCAUUCAUUUCCUUGUUUACUUGUUUUUAUCACUGUUGAUUCCUAUUGUUCUCACAAUUCACUUUUAUCAUAGAGCCAAAAAUAUCCAACACAAAUGUAUUCGUUGGUCGAUCUCUCUUUCUGCGCGUAUUUCGCUCAUUCUCAUUCGCUCUUCAGUAAAGUCAUACAUUUAAGCGUCUCUUAGCACUCAGAAUAUUAUCCAUACAUUUACAUAUGUAUCUGAAAUCUCUUCAGUUGCCUGUGUCGCAUCUUUAUUUUCUUCAAAGAUCUCACGGGUUCUGUCAUUUUCUCCCAGUAAAUAAUUUCAUUUUUGUGUAUAAGUGUGUGUUAUUUGCUUGAAUAAGUUCUAUUUUAAUAUUAAUUUUUGAUUUUUAUUUCAUACGUUAAUGAUUUCGCUCAGUUCUAUAUACUACUACUUACUUACGCCUGUUGCCUCUCGUGGAGGAGCAUAGGCCGCCCACCAGCAUUCUCCAUACUACUACUAUAUAUUUCGUAUAUUCCUCCGACAUAUAUAGGUAGUCUUAUGAUUGAUUAGUUGUCUGGUUGGUCAAUUGAUCUGAUUUUCUCUGUCAUUUUUGAUUAAACAGAUACUCUUCAAGAUUUCUAUUCACUCUUCUACACUAAAUUCCUGGUUUUUUCGUCAGGAUUAGUGUAUUAAAUGCAGUGAUAUUUCUCCCUAUCUACUGUUCAUUCCGACCUACCUUUCCUUUGAAAAAAUAAUAAAACACUUGAUAUUGUUGUCGUUUUAACUCAUUUCUUUGAUAACGUUUGUUUAAUCAAAACUAGACAAGAUGGUAAAGUUAGUAGUAUUUUACAAGUCAGAUUCUAUAUCAACUUGAUUGACUUUCUCUGUACUAAUUCACUUCAAUUUAUUCAGUUCGUUCUAACUAUAGAUGCUUCUAGUUUAGUUCAAGAACUUUUUCUUUUUUUCAAUGGUCAUAUAACUAUUGAAGUGAACUUUUCUUUGAAAAACUUAAUUUUCCUAUGGAAUUGAAAUCGACUUUCAUUUGUUGUUUUACUGAAUCAUUUAAUGGCUUCUUAUACUUUAGUAUAUGAAUAAUUCGUCAUCUACUUCUCUCUCCCUGGAAAAUAAUUAUUGUCUAAUUAUUUUAUCAUAUAUUUUGUUUCUUUUUUCUAAUGAAUUAAGUUUUAUUCGUUCAUUUGAACAGUUUGAAUUUUUAUUUAAGAAUAUGAUUAUCCUUACUGUUUUUCUGUGAAAAGAUUGGAUCGAUAUUGUUUAUAUAUGAUGAAUUGAAAUGCAAAAUCAUUUUCUUUAUUUGUUUCAUUUGUUUAAAGAAAAUAAAUUUUCAGAAUAUUUUUUUGGUAAAUACAAACAUAUGUAGCCAAAAUAGUCGGAGCUUUCGAAUCUACGAUCCAUGUUCUGAAGUCUAUAGGCUUACAUACUAAGUCACUUGCUCAAUUGCUUAGCAAUACAUAGUGAGGAUAGAAUAAAUAAUCGUAUUGAAUAUGCUCAAAAACAUGGAAAUUCCGAGAUCUGUUCUAAAUGUCUUGUAAUAUAUAUAUACUUAUGCUGCUAGAUUGGCGCAUUAUUGUUUCAAUCCAUUUACUGCGUUAAAUCCUGACAUAUUUCAGUUUAAAUGAACUCGUGUCACACACAACGAAUAAUCAACGACUUAUAACAAUCAUUAUCAAGCUAACAUAGAAAAACUGAACAGUUAAAUCAUUCAAAAUGUUGCUUUAAAGUAAAUCUACGUUUCUUUUACUUGCAUGCUCAUAAAAGUUUGUGUACUUACAUAUUUUAGUAAUUUAUUUGUAUUAUCAACCCAGAGUUUAUCGAAAACCUAAGUUAGAAUCAGUACAAUCUGUUUGUGAAGC